AUGACUUUAUCCUCAGUUGAUAAUCCAGCCGAUUACCUCUCCGUAGAUAAUCCAAUGACUUCAUCCUCAGUUGAUAACACAGCCAAUACUUUCUCUGUAGAUAAUCCAAUGACUUCAUCCUCAGUUGAUAACCCAGCCAAUACUUUCUCUGUAGAUAAUCCAAUGACUUCAUCCUCAGUUGAUAAUCCAGCCGAUUACCUCUCCGUAGAUAAUCCAAUGACUUCAUCCUCAGUUGAUAAUCCAGCCGAUUACCUCUCCGUAGAUAAUCCAAUGACUUCAUCCUCAGUUGAUAACCCAGCCAAUACUUUCUCUGUAGAUAAUCUAAUGACUUCAUCCUCAGUUGAUAACCCAGCCAAUACUUUCUCUGUAGAUAAUCCAAUGACUUCAUCCUCAGUUGAUAAUCCAGCCAAUACUUUCUCUGUAGAUAAUCUAAUGACUUCAUCCUCAGUUGAUAAUCCAGCCGAUUACCUCUCCGUAGAUAAUCUAAUGACUUCAUCCUCAGUUGACAAUCCACCCGAUUACCUCUCUGUAGAUAAUCCAAUGACUUCAUCCUCAGUUGAUAACCCAGCCAAUACUUUCUCUGUGUUGAUAACCCAGCCAAUACUUUCUCUGUAG